GAGAAGCAGGAGGGACAGGGGGAGGAGGAUAAAAGGUGGCGGCAGCUGAUCCAGUGGGAGAACAACGGGCGGCUCUACAGCCUGCUCAACAGCGGCGCCGAGUUCGUGCCCGCCGGGCAGGAGCGGCCAGCGGGGAACCGCCUGUGGCUAGCGGGGACAGCGGGGACAGCGGGGACAGCGGGGACAGCGGGGACAGCCGGGACAGGCAGCGUCCGCCGGCAGGCCCCCGUCUCGGGGACGGUGCGGGGACAAGCGCGACAUCCCUUCGGCUUCGGCCAGGUGCCGCCCAACUGGCGGGACGGCCCGCUGGGCGACAGCGCGGGGGGACAGAGGCGACAAGCGGCGCGUGGCCGCCAGGCGACCGCGACAGGCUCCGGGGUGGCCGUGUCCUCGUUCGCCUUCGCCUCGGCGGGACAGCCGCCGUUUGUCGCCGCAGGGGUGGCGGCGCACGGGGAGCGCCACGAGGGGACGGGGAUGGCGUUCCCGCUCCAACCCCGUGCGCUUCCCGAGGAUUUUGGGGAGGAGCAGAACCCCUACGGAGCCGCGGGAUUCCCGCUGGAUCGCCGCUAUUCCCACAGUCUGUACCACGACGCCGAUCCCGAGCCGCACACCGGGAUGGGCUCCAUGGAAAACCUGGGAUUUGGGGCGCAAUUCCCGCCCCACGAGAGGCAGCCGCCGUUCCGGGCACCCGAAUCCUUUGGGAUCGCCCAUCCUGAGCCCUUCAUUCCCGAAAUUCCACAGGCCGUGCCCGACGGUCAAGCCCGGAUCAGCGUGGGCAGUGUCUACAGGCCCAGCCUUGGGGCGCGGGGUCUCCCAGAUCUGGUCCCAGAUCCCAACUACGUCCAGGCAUCCACGUACGUGCAGAGGGCUCACCUGUACUCGCUGCGCUGCGCCGCCGAGGAGAAGUGCCUGGCCAGCACGGCGUACGCGGCCGAGGCCACCGACUACGACGUGCGGGUGCUGCUGCGCUUCCCGCAGCGCGUCAAGAACCAGGGCACGGCCGACUUCCUGCCCAGCCAGCCCCGGCACAGCUGGCAGUGGCACAGCUGCCACCAGCACUACCACAGCAUGGCAGAGUUCAGUCACUACGACCUGCUGGAUGUCACCUCGGGCCGCCGGGUGGCCGAGGGACACAAGGCCAGCUUCUGCCUCGAGGACACCACCUGCGACUUCGGCCACCUCAAGCGCUACGCCUGCACCGCCCACACCCAGGGUCUCAGCCCAGGCUGUUACGACACGUACAACGCCGACAUCGACUGCCAGUGGAUCGACAUCACCGACGUUCCACCCGGGAAUUACAUCCUCAAGGUCCAGGUAAAUCCCAAAUAUUUAGUGCUGGAAUCGGAUUUUACCAACAACGUCGUGCGCUGCCACAUCCACUACACCGGGCGCUUCGUGUCCGCCUCCAACUGCCGCAUUUCCCAGUACGCAAUUCCCAAUCCCAAAAAAAAAAAAUCCUAUAAAGAAAAUGCAGCCUCUUUUUCCUGCUUUUCCCCCUUUUUUUUUUCCUAAAUUUUCCUGCUUUUUUCCAGAUCUUUUUCCUGCUUUUUUUCCUAAAUUUUCCUGCUUUUCCCCUGUUUUUUUUAAUAAAUUUUCCUGCUUUUACCCGCUUUUUUCCGUUUUUUCCUAAAUUUUCCUGCUUUUUUCCAACUUUUUUCCUAAAUUUUCCUGCUUUUUUCCAGCUUUUUUCCUAAAUUUUCCUGCUUUUUUCCAGCUUUUUCCCUAAAUUUUCCUGCUUUUUCCCUGGUUUUUUUCCCUAAAUUUUCCCACUUUUUUCUCCCACUUUUCCCAGGUUUUUUUCCUGCUUUUUCCUGCUAUUUUUCCUAAUUUUUCCUGCUUUUUUCUCCCACUUUUCCCAGCUUUUUUCCUGCUUUUUUUCCUAAAUUUUCCUGCUUUUUCCCUGCUUUUUUUCCUAAAUUUUCCGGCUUUUUUCCUUGUUUUUUUCCUAAAUUUUCCCACUUUUUCCUGCUUUUUCUCCUAAAUUUUCCUGCUUUUUUCCAGUUUUUUUCCAAAAUUUUCCCAACUUUUUCCCCUACUUUUCCCACUUUUUCCCGCUCAUUUCCACAAUUUUUUAAAAUAAAUUUUCCUGCUUUUUUCCUAAAUUUUCCUGCUUUUUUCCCUGUUUUUUUCCCCUAAAUUUUCCUACUUUUUUCUCCCACUUUUCCCAGUUUUUUUCCUGCUUUUUCCUGCUAUUUUUCCUAAUUUUUCCCGCUUUUUUCUCCCACUUUUCCCAGCUUUUUUCCUAAAUUUUCCUGCUUUUUCCUGCUUUUUUUCCUAAAUUUUCCCACUUUUUCCCUGUUUUUUUCCUAAAUUUUCCCACUUUUUUCCAGUUUUUUUCCUAAAUUUUCCCAACUUUUUCCCCUACUUUUCCCAGUUUUUUCCCGCUCAUUUCCACAUUUUUUAAAAUAAAUUUUCCUGCUUUUUUCCCUGUUUUUUUCCCUAAAUUUUCCCUUUUUUUCUCCCAUUUUCCCCACCUUUUUCCUGAUCUUUUCCUGCUUUUUUCCUAAAUUUUCCUGCCUUUUUCCAGAUCUUUUUCCAGCUUUUUUCCCUAAAUUUUCCUGCUUUUUCCCUGUUUUUUCCCUAAAUUUUCCCGCUUUUUUCCAGCUUUUUUCCUAAAUUUUCCUGCUUUUUCCCUGGUUUUUUUCCUAAAUUUUCCCACUUUUUUCUCUCCUUUUUUUUUUUCACUUUUUUCCUGCUUUUUUCCUACAUUUUCCCACAUUUCCCCAAAAUUUCCAGAUUUUUUUUCCUGCUUUUUUCUCACUUUUCCCCAAAAUUUUCCCACUUUUUGCCCCAUUUUUCACUCUUUUCCCACUUUCCCCCAUUUUCCUGCUUUUUUUCCCACUAUUUUCCACAAAUUUUCUUGGUUAUUUCACAUUUUUUCCCCCACUUUUUUUUUUCUUUUUUCCUGCUCUUUUCCCAAUUUUUCCUGCUUUUUCCCUACAUUUUCCUGCUUUUUUCCUUGCUUUUUCCCCCAAAUUUUUCUGCUUUUUUUUUGCAUUUUCCCCACAUUUUUUCUUUUUUCCUCUUUUUCCCCCACUCUUUUCCCAAAUUUUCUCACCUUUUCUCCCUUUUUUCCUACUUUUCCCCCAAAUUUUUCUGCUUUUUUUCACAUUUUUCCCACUAUUUUUUCCUUUUUCAGCUGCUUUUCCCCCCACUUUUUCAGGCUUUUCCCACCACCAGUACAGAAUUCCCAUUCCCAAAAAAUCCUGGAAUACAGCCUCCUUUUCCUGCUUUUUUCCUGCUUUUUUUAGAGCUUUUUCCCAAAAUUUUCCUGCUUUUUUUUCCCCCUUUCUUCCCCAAAUUUUCCUAGAUUUUCCCCCACUUUGUUUUUUGCUUUUUCCCCUCUUUUAUUCCCAGUCUUUUCCGACUUUUCGCCCUUUUUUUUUUUCCAUUUUUCCCACUUUUUUUCCUGGCUUUUCCUUUUUCCCCCCGCUUUUCCUUUUUUUUAUCCUUUUUCCUAAAUUUUCCUGCUUUUUUUUUACAUUUUUCCCCGCUAGUUUUUGCUUUUUUUCCCAACUUUUUUCCACUUUUUUCCUGCUCUUUUCCCACUUUUUCCCAAAUUUUCCCACUUUUGUCCCAUUUUUCCACUGCUUUUUCCCCCACUUUUUUCCCCUCUACCCUCCACUUUGUUCCAGGUUUUUUUUUUUUUUUUUUACUUUCUUCCCAUUUUUUCUGUUUUUCCCCACAUUUUUUGCUUUCCCCCCAAUUUUUCCUGUUUCUUCUGCUUUUCCUCCACUUUUCCCCCCAUUUUUUUUCACUUCUUUCCCAUUUUCCCAACUUUUCCCCGCUUUUUUUCUGCCUUUUUUUUCCCCCCUUCUUUUUUCCCCACUUUUGUCCCCACUUUUUCCCAGAUUUCCAUACUGCUGAAGUUUAGGGGAAAAAAAAUCAAAAUACGGGAUUUUCCAAAUCUUCCAUGGAAUUUUCGGGGAUUUGGUUAUUUGAGGUCGGGAUUUUCUUUCUUUCCUAUGGGAUUUGCUGGAAUUUGGGGGUUUGUUCCUUUUCCAUGGAAUUGUCCAGGAUUUGGGCUGCCAGUUGGGAUUUUCCUCAUUUUCCAUGGAAUUUUCUGGGAUUUGACCAUUUGGGGUUGUUUUUUUCCUCCUUUUCCAUGGAAAUUCCUGGGAUUUUCCCAUUUUUUCCCCACGCAG